AUGAUCAAUUAUAACAACAACAACAAUAACAAUAACAAUGCGCUUGAAAGGAUAAUGAUUGAUAGACGAUUCGUCUUUCUUCUUUACUCGGCAGUCGCUGGAUUCAUUUGUUAUCAGGCAAUGAUGAUGGAGGAGCAUCCUCGUGACCACACCACCAGCGAUGACAUCACUGAUGAAUAUCCUGCGAUUCAUCGAUAUUUGACAAUAAAUGGCAACAGCAAUUCCUCGUCUCUCGAAGGAGUUAACAAGAUGGAAGAAAAGUUUGAGGGCUUUAUUGGCAAGACUCCCAAAGACCUCAUGUACGAAGAAAAUCACAAUCCUUUGUUUCCCUUGGACACGCGAGAUACAAUUGGUUUUUCGUGUGCCAUUUUGGGCCUCAUGAUUGCGGCGGGAGGAGGGAUUGGUGGAGGUGGCAUUCUCGUGCCAAUUUAUAUUCUAGUCAUGGAGUUCAGCCCCAAACAUGCCAUUCCAUUGAGCAACAUUACCAUAUUUGGUGGCGCGAUUGCCAAUAUGAUGCUCAAUGCACGAAAAAAACAUCCAUUGGCGGAUCGACCACUUGUCAAUUGGGAAUUGAUUCUCGUCAUGGAGCCUCUGACGAUUGCGGGAGCAUUGAUUGGGGCCUUUUUGAACAAUUUGAUUCCAGAGGUUAUGCUAGCCAUUAUGCUUGUGGCGUUAUUGUCAUUCACAGCCUUUAAAACACUAAAAAAGGCAACGAACAUGUAUCAAAAGGAAUCACUUGCCGAGAUGAAUGCGACACAAGCAGUAGCAGCAGCAGCCAACAACAACAAUACCGAAGAGACGCCUAUCAAGACUAGUAUCGCGGGUGCAACAAAUUACGAUAGUGUAUCGAACGAAGAGGAGGGGAAACCGUUGAUCCAAAACGGGAAUUCCAAGGAAUUGGAAGCAAUCCUCGAAGCCGAAAAAAGUCCUCCCAUUCACAGCAUUCUUGUGCUGCUAUUCAUGUUUGUGGUAGUAUUGGUUAUUAAUGUACUCAAAGGUGGAGGAGCAUUUCCCUCGCCGUUGGAGAUUGAAUGUGGGUCCAAAGAGUUCUGGCUGGCCAAUGUUUUCAUGCUGGGAUGGAUCCUUGCCGUUACUGCCUACGUGAGAUCCAUUCUUGCCAAGCAGUAUCAAACGAAACAAAGAAUUGGCUACCAAUAUGUGGAAGGGGACAUACAAUGGGAUGAUCAUGCUCUCGCGUACUACCCAUCUAUUUGUUCGUUGGCGGGCUUCUUUGCAGGCAUGUUUGGCGUCGGAGGUGGUAUCGUGAAAGGUCCUUUGAUGUUGGCCAUGGGAGUACACCCAUCGGUUGCCUCUGCUUCGUCGGCGUGCAUGAUAUUAUUUACCAGUUCUACAGCGACAACCUCAUUCUUUGUAUUCGGACUGCUGGAUCGUACCUAUGCACCAGUAUGCUUCACCAUUGGUUUUGUAUCCACAUUUUUUGGUCAAGUCCUUUUAGGUAUAUUGAUGAAACGCACCAAACGAAAUUCUUAUAUUGCCUACUCGAUUGGGCUCGUGGUACUCCUUUCGGCCAUUAUGAUGACCAUCCAAUCACUCAUUGCGAUUCAUAAAGGGGAGCACCACAAAACUGGAGGCAUUUGUGGUAGUGAUCAAGACUUUUAA